AUGCCCCCAUUCCCUCCAAAUAUAAAUUCGGCUUUGUCGGUUUGCCGCAGAAAGACCAGCGAGGGUGGACUCUGGACACUUGGAUCAAGCGGCCACCCUGUCCGCAGCAGGACUUCUACCUGGGCCACCAGCUCGUCAGCACCAGCAACGCCAGCGAGGACUGCCUGCAUCUCAACAUCUGGACGCCGCCUUCGAGCUGCGGUUCCACCAAAGAACAGGAGGCGUGCGAGCUUCGAACCGUCCUCUUCUUCCUGUACGGGGCGGCCUUCCAGAACGGCGGGAAUAACUUCGAGGCACGUUCGCACGCUUUACGACGGCCGAUACCUGUCUGCCCUGGGCAACCUGGUCGUGGUCGUGCCGAACUACCGCGUGGGGCCGCUGGGCUUUCUGAGCAGUCGUGUGGGGACGAGUCUUCCCGGAAACCUGGGCCUGCACGACCAACGGCUGGCGCUCGAAUGGACGCGAGCCAACAUCGACUCCUUCGGCGGCAGCGCGUUGCACCUGGUGCUGGCGGGUCACGACGCCGGCGCGACGUCCCUGGGCUACCACCUGUUCAGCGGAGACACGACGUUCUGGACGCAGAACGUGGAUCGCUUCAUACUGCAGAGCGGAGGACCCUUCCACAGCUACGAAGGACAGAACGUAGAAGGAGCCCGUCAGCUGAUCGCCAGCCUGCGUUGCCCCGGCGACAUAUCGUCCGAGGUCACGCUCGGCUGCCUCCAGAGGGCGCACGUGGAUGCGAUCGCCCGAAGUCCAAUGGCGCCCAGUUUCGUGCCCGUCUUCGGGAGGGAGCCACUGCCCAGACCUCAGCCACUGGAGGCGCGGAACACGUCUGCCCAGGUACGAGAGCGAAGCCGAGAUGGCACGUAUCAGCUGUUCCUCUCCCCCAACACGUGUACCAUUACAAAAAUUCAUUUCUUAAAUGUAUAGCAAGUCUCUUGGCGUAUAUGCUUGUUAAACUGGGCGGCAGCGGUGCCGCCGCUGCUUUCUUACAUUUAAGACAUUUAAACAAGGGUACGUUUAUCUAAGUCAAUUACUUACUGCGGACCCCCAUCAUGAGACGGAAAUUUACAGAAUAAAAUUGGGUUGGAGUGCAUACGGCAGAAAUUACCAAAUCCUGACAAUCAUUGCAUUCUACCGGUGUUGACAUAUGGGACAGAAACUUUGAGGUUAACAAAGAAGCUCGAGAACAAGUUAAGGACCGCACAAUGGAACGAAAAAUGUAAGGCGUAACGUUAAGAGACCGGAAGUUAGCGGUGUGGGCUAGAGAGCAAACGGGAGUAGCCGAUAUUCUAGUUGACAUUAGGAGGGGAAAAUGGAGCUGGGCAGGCCACGUAAUGCGUAGGUGGUCUCUCGGAGUUUUAUAAUGGGCGCCAAGAGAAGGGAAGCGCAGUCGAGGACGGAAGAGAAUUAGGUGAAUGGUGCGAUGAAAUUAGGGAAUCAGCUAGCGCAAGACAGGGGUGAAUGGAGAUCGCUGGGAGAAUGCCCUUCGUCUUGCAGUGGACACAAAAAAUUGGCGGUGCAUCCAUCCUUUAGAGAUGAUUGGCCACUUUAAUGCUAUUAGCAAUUCAUCUUAUGGUUCUUGGGUAAUUGUUGAUGUUUAUAUGAUGAUUGUUAUCAAAUUCGUCGGCCCUAUUUCCGCUCCAUGAAGAUGGUUAUAACCAGCGAAGCUGAAACGUGCGGCCCCGUUGUUUAUCACUGGGUUAAUCCCGAGGGUUCAUUAAAGUAUUUCUCAAUUAUGAGGUUACACACACGUUCGGCUGCGGCGGAGAGAACGACGUCACUGAGGGUAUGCCCGCAGUCCGCCGCUGUCGCUUGCGUUAGAUGUCUAGAAUUUACUCGGUGGCGUGGUUAUAGCAGCAAAUUAAAUUGCUUCGAAAUUAAAUAUGUCCGUCACGUAAGACAAUGAAUGGCUCAUACCCCCGUAAACGCGGCCUCCCCAUUACGGCGGCAGUAGAGAAGUGAAAUUCUACGCUGGAAUGAUGAGCGGCAACGCAGCCAGCUGUGGAAGAAGACGACGACGAACGAGCACGAGUGCAACCCUAGGGGCGCCAACGAACCAGCUGCGGAAGACGACGACGACGCUCGAGCCAAUGCUAAUGAUGAUAGUUUUCUGUACACGGGCGAUUUCGCCUAGCCAUAUACGAUUUCGCCUGAACAUAUAAAACUUCCCUUUAAAAGAACGGAACAUACACAGAGGCAGAUACCCAGUGGCCCAAGUUGACGUCAGAGAGAUUCAUUGAAUAGCUUCACAUACCCAGAGUUAAGUGUCCAGCGACCAAAGUUGGGCCGACGAUUGGUUUUGAACCCGAUUCUCCUUGCACAGCAGUCCGCUGCUCUACUCAUUCGACCAUGGACCACCUACCCAAGUUGGCGGGAAAGUGGAAGGCGCGGACAGAGACACAUAGAGACACAGAGACAUACCGCAAACUGGGGUAAAUUCCCAAAUAAUGCUAAUCUAUAGCAUUAAAAAUAGGCUGAUGAUGAUGCUCAAGUUGACGUCAUCAUCACGAAAUUGCACCACCAGGGCUUCCGUGUCUGUCUGUCUCUCUGGUGUUUCGGUAUUUCGUGAACUGUAAUAACUAACGUAGAAGUGCCCGAAAGCUGGGAGCCUUCGAGGAUAUAUUACGAUCACCGAGAUGCCAUAUUCGACCACCUGUCUUCUGUAUUCUUGUCUUCCUUGACGGCCUUUGUGUCCUUGUUCAUCUGGUCCCGCUCCUGACCAUGGAAUCUUAUAUGCUCAGCAAGGUGGCUACCUG